UGAAUCCCCCAUGUAUACUGUACAGUGUUAUAGAUUGUUUAUAGAAACACUUCAGAAUGCUAGAGUUAUGGUCCAAACACCGUACUAACAAUAUGGUAUGCUAUAGUUUAGUGGAUGGUUGUGAUAGUAUAGUUUUACAAGACAUUCAUUAUACUGCAGAAAAAUCUAUGUUUGAAUUGAAUGAAUGGGACGAUUAGACAUACCAAAGGAAAGGAAAGAUCCAUGUGGGUUAGGCUGAUAAUCCUCUGAAAGUAAGUUGGCCCCUGCUCUAAUCAACACAGUGGAAGGCGGGAAAGUGAAAUCAUUUCACUCCCAAGAUAAAAAAUGUGAAGUACUGUCGAGUCCCCUUUUAUGUUUUUCUCCAAUAAUAUUCAGUUUGUUAAUGCAGUUUAUCAUUGUAUUUGCCCAGCCUUUUGCUAACCACAUUUACUAAAAGCAAAAACCAGACCUGCUUUAGUUAAUGAAGUUCAGUCUCACCUGAUCUGACCUGUUGUGAUAGUCCAGUUCAAAGUGUUACCUGCCCUGCCCUUUAGUAUAUGUACUGUAUGAAAAAUAUAUUUUCUGUCCAUUUAAAUGCAUAACUUUCACUACUUCUUUCUAGGCCUGGAUGUUAGGAGACCAUGCUUCAAGGGUUAAGGAAUGCAUGAAAAUAUUAUUUUUCAUUCAUGAAAUUAGUUAUUUCCAAUUCCCCGGGGAGUUAUUGAUGAGGAUGCUGAAAAUGUUGAUUCUACCACUGGUUGUCUCAAGCUUAAUGUCUGGGCUAGCAGCCUUGGAUGCCAAGACUUCCAGUCGAUUAGGCAUCAUAACUGUCACUUACUAUCUGUGGACAACAUUUGUGGCUGUGAUUGUGGGAAUAAUUAUGGUCUCCAUUAUCCAUCCUGGUGGAGCAGCCCAGAAGGAGAACACUGAAGAGAGUGGAAAGCCAAUUAUGAGCUCUGCAGAUGCACUGCUAGACUUAAUUCGGAACAUGUUUCCAGCCAACCUUGUUGAGGCCACAUUCAAACAGUAUCGCACCAAGAGCAUUCCUAUCGUCAAAUCCAACAAGGCAGCUUCUGAAAGCACCACUCGUCGGAUCAUAAUAUAUGGGGUCCAGGAUGAGAAUGGAUCCAAUGUCCAGAAUUUUGCCCUGGAUAUCACUCCCCCUCCAGAAGUGAUUUACAAAUCUGAGCCAGGCACCAGCGAUGGCAUGAACGUGCUGGGGAUUGUGAUAUUCUCUGCCACCAUGGGUAUAAUGCUGGGCAGAAUGGGUAACAGUGGAGUUCCCUUGGUCAGUUUUUGCCAGUGUUUAAAUGAAUCUGUCAUGAAGAUAGUGGCAGUUUCUGUGUGGUAUUUUCCUUUUGGAAUAGUGUUUCUUAUUGCUGGCAAGAUCUUGGAAAUGGAUGAUCCUACAGCUAUUGGGAAGAAGUUGGGCUUUUAUGCCAUUACUGUGGUUUGUGGUCUGGUGGUUCAUGGACUGUUCAUUUUGCCAAUGAUGUACUUCUUUAUCACCAAGAAAAACCCCAUUGUUUUCAUCAGAGGGAUUCUUCAAGCCUUGCUAAUUGCUCUGGCGACAUCAUCCAGCUCAGCCACAUUGCCUAUAACUUUCAAGUGCUUGCUGGAGAAUAACCAUGUUGACAGAAGGAUUGCCAGAUUUGUGUUGCCUGUUGGGGCCACGAUCAACAUGGACGGAACUGCCCUCUACGAAGCAGUGGCAGCAAUCUUUAUUGCUCAAGUAAAUAAUUAUGAGCUGGAUUUUGGACAGAUUAUUACUAUAAGUAUCACAGCAACAGCUGCCAGCAUAGGUGCUGCAGGGAUCCCACAAGCUGGCCUUGUGACUAUGGUCAUUGUUCUGACAUCAGUUGGGCUGCCUACAGAUGACAUCACUUUAAUUAUUGCAGUUGACUGGGCAUUAGACAGAUUUAGAACAAUGAUCAACGUCUUGGGAGAUGCCCUAGCUGCUGGAAUCAUGGCUCAUGUCUGCAGAAAGGAGUUCACCAAGGAUGGUGAUGAGGUGCCAUUGAUCUGUGAACCUAAACCCAUCAGCAUUCAUCAAAUCAUGGCUUACCAGAGAAAUGGUUGUGUGAAGAACAUGAGUGAGUCUCGUGGGCCAGAAACAGUGAAAGCGUUUCAGCACCAUAUACCUAUACAAGUGGAGCAAGAACUAAACCCAGCGGGGAACCACACAAAGAAAUCCAACAGUAAAGACCACUGCACUAUUGAAAUCAAUGAACUGGAAACAAAUGUGUAAUUGCUACGUUUGAUGGUAUCUGAUACCCAGUGACCUGGUACCCAAUCACUACCUCACAGCUGGAGAGAGGACUCUGUCUUAUAUGGAAAAAAAUGUGGAGUUAUGGUCAGCAUGCUUGUACCGGAGCUAGGAGAUGAGCUGUGAUCAGAAAAGAUACAAGGGGCUUGAAAGAGAUCAGGGGCUUCUUUAGGGGGAUGAUUUUAAUACUGGGAAAUUAACCAAUGGACAACUUGGGUUCUCUCUGGGCAAACUGAUUUGAUUCCAGUAUAGUAUCUGACACUCCUUUUUUGCUUUGGCUUUUUUAUUUAACCCCUUUUUAAUUAAUUCUGACAAAAGCCUUUUUUUUGCAUCUCACUAAUUACGAACAUGGCAUUUAUGUAGAUGUAUUGCUGCCAGAAACUAAUUCGCAAAACAUACUGAAAGUGUGCUAAUUUCAUCUUCUCUUCUACUCCUUAAACAAAGAGUUUUCGUUUAGUUUUAGAAUAGCUCUAAGAAAAUUGCACUGAUCUCAAGAGGCAAAUUUGUAACUAAUAAUGCCACAAACUGAAAGCAGAGCAAAAUAUUUAUCUGCAAGAAAACACAUUCAAAAAGCUAUUCUGUUAUACACACUUCAAAGACAGGCAUCAAACUGCAAUAUAUUGUUCAAAGAUGUCUAGAUUCUUGCAAAGGACAUUUUGCCUUCUAAGUGCCAGAUCCACACAGAAAUUUGUAAAAAUCUAUCUCUGCAGUAGAAUCAGUACAAUAUACCUGCAAUGGCAGAACCAUGCAAGCCCUAACACAUAAGCAUUGGUGCUAAAGAGUGUUCACUGUUCUCUCCUUUUAUUUAGAGAUUGUUCCACUGUAUAUGUGUAAGCUCAGUGCUCAAAGCUCUUGACGAAUACGCUUCAUUCCAAGGGCAGAAUAAACACAGACUGGAAUCCAAUGCAGAUGAGUAAUAUUUGGGUUUUGUAGGGAGUUUGCUGU